UUUGAUUAUUCUGACUAUCCAAUGUAAUAUCAAAAUUCCAAAAAAAAUGUUACACUAUUAGUUUAAAAAUUCUAAAGUAGGUCAGAUGACGGUGCGGUUGGCCCACAGGGGGCGGAGUAUCCUCUCUGAACUGGCGAAGUGUGCCACGCCCACAGCCGCCCGGUUUCUGCAUCGACACCCCACCGAGAUGACCUUGCUCGAAAUGCUGGGCUCCACCAAUCUGCGCAGGAGUACGCCCGAGGACUACCGCAUCCUGCGCGAGAUCGUCAAGUCCUUUGAGCGCUAUUCCGGGGUGGGCAACGAUAUCCAGUUGACCCUGCCGGAGCGCUCCGCCAAUGAGCUAAUCAUGAGCGAGAAGAAGCGGGAGUACGAGAAGGGCAUCAUGGACCCUUCCAAGUUCGCGCCGGGUCACCACAUCUUCCAGGUGCUGCACACGGUCAAGCAGUCGCCGCUCUUCCAGAUCCUUCGGAAAAUGCCCAAGGGAGCCGCACUCAAGACGCACGACACCUCCAUGUGCAGUUCACGGGCGGUGAUCGAGAUGACCUACAGGGAGAACCUGUGGGUCUGCACCACCCACAAGGGCUGCCGGGUGGUGGAGUUCCGUUUCGCCAAGGAAAAGCCCAAGGACUUGCGGCACGAGGAUGGCGAGUGGCAGCCGAUGGAGAAGCUUCGCGAGCUGCGGGGAGAGGAAAAUCUGAGGAAGUACCUCCGGGUCCGCCUCAGCAUGUAUCCCUUGGCCAGCUUCACGACCAAUGCCCUCGCUUGGCGCCACAUGAUGGGCAUCUUUAACCUGCUGGACGGCCUGCUACAGUACGCCCCCCUAUGGGGUGACUACUACUACAAUGCCCUCAAGGAGUUCUAUGCCGACGGAGUGCAGUAUCUGGAGGUGAGAUCCGUGGUCCCGGAACUCUACUGUCUGGAUGGCAGCCGGUUGCCCAAGCGCGAAACUGUGCAAAUCUACAUGGACUCUCUGAAGCGAUUCAAACAGGAGCACCCGGGAUUCAUCGAUUCCAAGCUGAUAUAUGCCCCCAUUCGACAUGUCCAGCCGGAAGUGGUGGGCCAAUAUGUCAAGGAGUGCACCGAACUGAAUAAAGAGUUUCCCAACUUCGUGAUUGGCUUCGACUUGGUGGGUCAGGAGGACAAGGGCCAUCCACUGAGCAAGUUCGCCGAGGAGCUCCUCAAGCUGCCCGAGCACAUCAACUUCUACUUCCACGCCGGCCAAACCAACUGGUACGGGUCGCACGUGGACCAGAAUCUGCUGGACGCCAUCGUCCUGGGCACCAAGAGGAUCAGUCACGGCUACACAAUCACCAAGCAUCCGAUCCUGAUGCGACUGGCCAAGUACCUAAACAUCGCCCUGGAGGUGUGCCCGGUGUCCAACCAGGUGCUCCAACUGGGCUCCGACUACCGCAGCCAUCCGGCGGCCACGCUGAUCGCCGAGAAUGUGCCCAUGGUAGUUUCCUCCGGCAAUCCGGGCUUCUGGCGAGCGGCUCCUCUGUCGCACGACUUCUACAUGGCCUUCCUGGGUAUCGCACCCAUGACCGCCGAUCUGAAGUUCCUAAAGAGGACCGCCAAGAACUCCAUACGAUAUAGCUCCCUGAAGGACGAGGGCAAGGCAGAGGCCAUGGAGAAGUGGAAGAAGGAGUGGGACAAGUGGGUUGCAAAAAUUGUGGCAGAGAAGGAACAGGCUUUGGAGGAUAGGAAGUAGUUUCAUAAAGUAUAUGUAUUAAAACAAUAACAAAAUUCCUUUUUAAAGAUGGUAGUUUUAAGA